AUGGGCCUGGUCCGACGGCCACGCCAGGAGAACUGCGGAAGGCGUAGUGGCGCCAAAGCGUUCGAAGACACUAGCGACCAGUCCGCUCAUGAGGGCAUGAAUCUCCCAUUGGAUGCCGGGCCGGUACUGGCGCUGUCGGGCCAGGAGGCCAUCGAGUUUGCAGUCACUUUGCACGAAGAGAACGCGAAAGACUUUGACACCAAGGAUGCGAAUCCCCCGUGCAUUCAUGACACGAAUGAGGAAUUCAGCAGAUAUUUCUUCGUGGCGGACGAGGGGCAUCGGAAGUCCUGGAAGCAGACCCAGUCCAAUAAAAUUUCUGGCGGCACGGAUGUGAAGAACGGGGCGCGGCUCCUGAGCGCGCGCGACAGCGUGGGCGCCCCGUUGGCAGCGCCAGCGCAAUCAUCCGACCCGAAUGCGCAGAUCAAGGACGAGGCCCCCGCGAUCCCCGAGGCGAAGGAGGCGGCGAUACUUCUAAAGAUUGACUUGGAUGGGCUGCAGAAGGCCCAGACGACUCUGCGCCAGCGCAAGAGCCAGCUCACUGCGAAGAGCAGGGCCGCCAAAAAGGAUUUGCCCGCUCUCAAGAAGAAGCUCGCUGGCGCGAAGGAAAUGCUCGAGCGCCGCCUGACAGGGUCGAAGGCUUGCAAGCGCAAGUAUUCCGAGCUGCUCGAGCACGCGCGAGGCCCUGGCAGGAGGCCGAGGGCAAACGCGGGCGCGCCACUGGCGACCAACGCGCUCACCUACAACCCGGCCCAGUCGCUCUUCGACGACGCCCACUUGGUGAAAUACGGCUCGUUGGAGAAGCUGGAGAGCUUAAGCGGCCUGGACAAGGUGCAUACCCUGCCGCCCGCCACGACGGCGCAGCUUGGUUAA